AAAGGGGAGAGAUCUGAUCGAACGAGUUGACCCGCCGAUUACCGUCGAGGUAGACUAGCUCCGGCAGCCGUCGAUUGGGGCAGACAAAAUGGUAGAUCCGGCGAACUCGCCGCUAGGCAAAAUGCUGUUGGAGGAGAUCACUCCCGUGGUGAUGGUCCUCUGCACGCCGAACGUUGAAGAAGCAUGCCUCAAAAAUGGCCUCUCCUUUGUCCAAAUGCUCACUCCUUUCUGCAAUUUUAACAACAUCGACGUACCAGUUCGGACAUCGAGUGAUCAUCCUUACAGGCUGCAGAAGUUCAAGUUGCGGCUGUUUUACGCAUCAGAUAUUCGACAGCCAAAUCUUGAGGUAGCAAAGGAACGAUUGAAGCAGGUUAUUACCCAGGCUGGAGAGGAAGAUUUUUCUGAAUUGUCUUUAGACCCUCCUCAAAUUGGUGAUUUUGCCUCAAGAUCUGAAUCUGAAAUUUUACCAUCAUGGUUCCAGUUUUUUAAUAAAGAGCUCAUACGUACCUUGUCCUUUUCAGACCAUGAAGCUUUUGACCAUCCUGUGGCAUGUCUUUUGGUUGUUUCUUCAAAGGAUGAAGAACCCAUAAACAAAUUUGUUGACCUGUUCAAUACCAAUAAAUUGCCCUCUCUUCUUAAUGAUGGUGUUAUGGACCCAAAAAUUCUGAAGCAUUACUUAUUGUUACAUGAUAACCAGGAUGAGCCUUCAGAGAAAGCAACUAAAAUUUUGACAGAAAUGAGAAGCACAUUUGGUCCUAAUGACUGUCAAUUACUUUGCAUUAAUUCUUCCCAAGAUGGGCCGAUAGAACAUCAGGAGAACCUGUGGGCUCCAUUUAAAUUUGAUGCUUUGCCUAGUCAGCAUCUUGGUUGUUUCCUUAACAUUGAUGACUUUAAUGAGAUAAAGAAUAUCAUGCAAGAAUUAUCAUCUAAGCACAUCAUUCCUUACAUGGAGCAAAAAAUACGUGUGCUUAAUCAACAGGUUUCUGCUACGAGGAAAGGUUUUAGAAAUCAAAUUAAAAACUUAUGGUGGAGAAAAGGGAAAGAAGAUGCAUUAGAUUCUCCCAGCGGUCCUAUGUAUACCUUCAGCUCAAUUGAAUCUCAAAUCAGAAUUUUGGGUGACUAUGCAUUCAUGUUACGAGAUUAUGAACUGGCAUUGUCAAACUAUCGCUUAAUUUCUACAGAUUACAAGAUUGAUAAAGUGUGGAAGCGGUAUGCUGGUGUGCAGGAAAUGAUGGGGCUUACAUACUUUAUGCUGGAUCAAUCAAGAAAGGAAGCAGAGUAUUGCAUGGAAAAUGCAUUUAAUACUUAUUUUAAAAUUGGGUCAGCUGGUCAGCAGAAUGCUACACGCUGUGGUCUCUGGUGGAUAGGGAUGCUCAAGACUGGAGAGCAGCACAAAGAAGCUGCCACUGUCUACUUUCGCAUUUGUGGUGAGGAUCCUUUACAUUCAGCUGUUAUGCUCGAGCAAGCAUCUUACUGCUACUUGUUGUCAAAACCAGCAAUGCUGCACAAAUAUGGAUUCCAUCUUGUUCUUUCUGGUGAUCAUUACAAAAAAUGUGAUCAGGUUAAACAUGCAAUUCGCACAUAUAGGAGUGCAGUUUCUGUUUACACAGAGACUACAUGGAGCCAUAUCAAGGAUCAUGUUCAUUUCCACAUUGGACAGUGGUAUGCUUUUCUUGGCAUGUAUGACAUUGCUGUCACCCAUAUGUUGGAAGUCCUGGCCUGCAGCCAUCAGUCCAAGACAAACCAGGAGCUAUUUCUGAGGGAUUUCCUUCAAAUUGUUCAGAAAACUGGGAAGACAUUUGAGGUAUUAAAACUUCAGUUACCUGUUAUCAACAUCUCAUCACUUAAGGUCAUUUUUGAAGACCAGCGAACUUAUGCAUCGCCUGCAGCUGCUAAUGUGAAAGAAAGUUUGUGGCAUUCACUGGAGGAAGACAUGAUUCCCUCAUUAACCACUUCCAGGUCCAACUGGCUAGAGUUACAAUCAAAAGUCAUGCCAAAAAAAUAUAAAGAAUCAAAUAUUUGUGUGGCAGGAGAGGCCAUAAAAGUGGAUGUUGAAUUUAGAAACCCUCUGCAAAUCUCUAUCUCCAUCUCUGGUGUUUCUUUAAUAUGUGAGCAUUCUGCAAGUCCUGACGAAAUGAAAUCUGAUGCUAGUAGCUCAAUCAUUGAUCUCCAACAUGAUGAGAACAAAAAAUUGACAACCACUGGGGACGUAAACUCGCCAUUUAUUUUGUCAGAAGUUGACCUUGCUCUAGCAAGUGGUGAAACCAUCUUGGUGCAACUGACAGUAACUCCAAGAGUGGAAGGCAUUCUGAAAAUUGUUGGUGUUAGGUGGAAACUAUCGAGUUCUGUAGUUGGUUUCUAUAAUUUUGAGUCCAACUUUCUGAAGAAAAAUAUUCUAAAAGGACGGAGGAAGUCUCAGCAUUCUCCUAUUAAUGAAUUGAAGUUUAUGGUCAUAAAGAGUAUACCCAAGCUUGAAGGUUUCAUUCAUCCUUUACCAGAAAAUACUUAUGUGGGAGACUUGCGGCACCUUGUUUUGGAGUUAAAGAACCAGUCAAAAGAUCCUGUCCAGAAUCUUAAGGUGAAGAUCAGCCAUCCCAGGUUCCUUGAUGUUGGGAAUCAGGAUGAGUUGAAUAUCGAAUUUCCAGCCUGCUUAGAAAAGAAGAUAAAUGUCGAAAAAAGCGGUGUGCAUGCCAAAACUAACAAUAUGUCUCAGGAUGUGUUUCUAUUUCCAGAGGACAUAGCAGUGCUGGAGGAAACACCAUUACGGUGGCCUCUUUGGCUUCGAGCUGCUGUUCCUGGAGAUAUUUCUCUUUCAAUAAUAGUAUAUUAUGAAAUGGGAGAGACAUCAAGCAUCAUGAAAUAUCGCACUCUACGCAUGCAUUAUAAUUUGAAGGUUUUUCCAUCUCUUGAUGUGUCCUUUCAAAUUAGUCCUUGCCCAUCAAGAUUGCAAGAGUUCCUCUUGCGUAUGGACAUUGUCAACCGAACUAGUUCAAAUUCUUUCCAAGUUCAUCAGCUUUCAUCUGUUGGGCAGCAGUGGAAAAUCUUGUUGCUUCAGCCUGUUGAUAGUGUCUUAACUUCUCCAUCUUUAUUUCCUGGCCAAGCAUUGUCAUGUUUCUUCAUGCUUAAGGAUUGCAAAUCACUUACUUCAGAGGACAGAAUCUCAUCUUCUUCCCCACUCCUUGGAAGUGACGUAAGAUUGGGUCCUCAGACGAGUGAAGAUGAAACCCUUUUCGAUGUAUCUAGAUCACCCCUGGCUGAUUUCCACAGCUGUGAAAGAUUGCACCAAGGACCAUAUCAGCAGGGAAACCAACAUGCAGUUGACUUCAUUUUGAUCUCUCGGCUACUGAAGGAUAAUAUCCAUUCUGGGGCUUCUGACCCACCACAUCUCUUUUCGCAUCAUGCAUGCCAUUGCAGUCUUGCAAGCAUAAGUCCAAUAUCAUGGCUAGUUGAUGGGCCUCGGACCAUACAUCAUGAUUUUGCAGCUUCUUUUUGUGAAGUUAACUUGAGGAUGUCUAUUAGCAACUCAGCAGAUGCUGUUGUAUCCGUCCAUGUCAACACCUCUGAUUCCUCCAGCAGCAGUGGCCAGUCAAGUGAUGCAGCGGUAGCAGCAGCUCAUUCUUCGGAAGACCAGGCAGGGUGGCAUGACAUUCCAGUAGCAAAUGACAUUAAAAUCACGUCAGAUGUUCUUGCAACACGAGUUGGAAAGUCAAUGUCAAUAGAAAGUGUGUCUCACUUCAUUUGGUCCGGAUCAAGCUCUACCAAGGUCCUACUUGAGCCAAAAUCAACUGUUGAAGUUCCGCUUCAGAUUUGUGUUUUUGCUCCUGGAAUAUAUGAUCUUUCAAACUAUGUCUUGAAUUGGAAUCUUUUGCCAACUACCGAUCAAGGAAAUCUAGGGGAAGAAAAACCAUCUUCAGGUGAAUGCCAGGGAUAUCCUUAUUAUUUGACGGUGCUCCAAGCUACUUGAAACCCUGGCUUGCUUUUGCACGGUUUUGUCGGCUGUUAGUUACAUCACAACAUCUUGAUUGUACUAAUCAGUGUAACUUACAAUUGUAAAUCAUAGUGCUUCAUUGUAAUUUUUACGACGAUAGGAACACCAGGAAAAGCAUAGUGGAAGUAGAUGAAAUAUUCAUUUUGGUUUUCAUCAUAAUAAGUACAAUGAAAACAAAGUCAUUCUAUUGUAAGUUGGUGUACUUGAGCAGACAUUUGUUGAAUAGGAGAAUUACAUUUGAUUACGCUUAGUUUGAUUACAUUUGAUGCUGCAGCCUAGAAUUUGAUUGUUAAUCCUGAAGUGUGACACUGUUUUGUCCUUGAUGGAAUAAUACUGGUGAUUGUCA